AUGGGAUAUAUAGAGUUACCUGGCUCAGGUGAAUCAGUAUCUCGUACAAGACCACCCUUUAGGAGCUAUUUUUAUUUUGGUAUUAUACUAGGGAUAUUGGUAUAUGGAGCGUCAUUCUUACUUAUUACGAUUCAAGAUUUCCAAUUAAAUGUAUCAAUACUUCAAACAGAUAAGCCUUCACAUUAUGCCAGUCCGUCACGUAGAAGUGUGACUGGUAAAAAGAUUCCAUUCAGUAAUGAGAUCUAUAAUUCACGGGUUUUGGCGCCAAAGUACACCUCCAUCCAGUGGAUUCGUGAACCAGGUUCAAUCUACAAUGACAAGGGAGCAUAUGUUAUUAAACAGGAAAAAGAUGACGGCUUUGAAAUAGUUGUCAAGUCGAUGGACGAUGAAAAAUAUUCGUAUAUUCUCAUCGACAAGUCAACAUUUAAACACAAUCAUAUGGAAUAUGAUAUUGCCGAUUACGUGGCAUCACCAGAUUUGAAGAAGGUUGUCUUGAAGACUAACGUCACUGGGAGUUUUAGACAUUCUUCCUUUGCAUUGUAUUGGAUCUUAGAUGUCGAUUCCAAGCGUAUACGCCCUGUUUACAACGAGAAUGAUUUGAUAUCUACAGUUUCGUGGUCGCCUGAUUCAACCAACAUUGCAUUCAUCUAUAACAAUAACAUAUAUUUAAAGAACAUUGAACUGGACUCAUUGAAACAAGUAACUACUGAUGGAUCGGUACAGUUGUUUAACGGUAAGCCAGACUGGGUAUAUGAAGAAGAAGUAUUUGGCAGAGAUAUAGUACUUUGGUGGUCACCAAAAGGUGAUAAGUUUACAUUCUUGCGCUCAAACAAUACUGCUGUGCCUGAAUUCACUAUUCCCUACUACACUCACGACAAAUUUGAAGACUAUCCUGAAAUUUCCAAGAUUAAAUAUCCAAAAGCAGGAUAUCCAAACCCAAUAGUGGAUUUAUUAACUUAUGAUUUAGCUGGUGACAAAUUAGCUCAACACGAAUUAAAAUCUCAUACCAUUAAACCAAAGGAGAGAUUAAUCACUGAAGUUGUUUGGAUUGGUGAAUCAAUAUUAGUCAAGACUACCAAUAGAGCUAGUAACAAGCAAGAAAUAUAUCUUGUAGACGGUGACAAUGUUGAUUUAAUUCGUAAAUCCAAUGCCAAGAACUCUUGGUUUGAAAUUACUUCCAAUACUAUAUAUGUUCCAAAGAACAAGACCUUGGGUAGGAAAUACGACGGAUAUAUUGACACAGUUACUGAAGGAGGGUAUAAUCAUUUAGCUUAUUUUAGCCCACCUGAAAAUCCUAAGGGGCAAUUGUUGACUAAAGGUAAUUGGGAAGUUGUGAAUGGCGUGGAAGCGUAUGACUAUACUAAUAACCAAGUAUAUUUCACCAGUACUAAGAAACUGUCUAUCGAGCGUCAUGUGCAUUCCGUAAACUUGUUGGAUCGUACUAAUGAUGGUUUGCCAUAUAUUAAAGACAUUACUACAAAAGAAGGCUGGUAUGAUGUUUCGUUUUCCGCAGGUGCUAGAUUUUUGUAUUUGAGUGAUAGAGGUCCAGGUGUACCUACUCAGAGAAUCAAUGACUUGAGAAUGAACAAGCAUGUCCAAACAAUUGAAGAUAAUUCGGAAUUAGUCAAGAAAUUGGCCAAAUAUGACAUUCCUAAGGUAAAAUAUGAAACUGUUGAAUUGACAGAUGAGUCAGGAGAAACAUUCUUGGUUAAUGCAAUGGAAACUUUGCCUUUGAAAUUCGACCCCAAGAAGAAGUAUCCAGUCUUGUUUUUUAUUUAUGGUGGUCCUGGAUCACAACAAGUUAGCAAGCGUUAUUCGCUUUCAUUCAGUUCAGUAGUAGCUGCUGAGUUGGAUGCAAUUGUUGUGUCAGUUGAUGGUAGAGGGACUGGAUACAAUAAUCUCAACUUCAAACUUGGUUCAGAUUUCAAGUUUAUUGUUCGUGAUCAACUUGGCACGUAUGAAUCUAAAGAUAUGAUCUCGGCUGCAAGACUUUGGUCAACUAGACUGUAUGUUGACCCCGAAAGAAUAGCAAUUUGGGGCUGGUCAUAUGGUGGAUAUCUUACAUUGAAGACAUUGGAAAGUGAUAUAGAGGAUCCCGUUUUCUCAUAUGGUGUUGCAAUUGCACCCGUUACCGAUUGGAAAUUGUACGAUACGAUUUAUACAGAACGAUACAUGGACACUCCAGAAAACAAUCACAAUGGUUACAUUACCAGUUCUAUUCAUAAUUAUACUAAUUUUGCACAUGUCAAGAAAUUCUUUAUUGGACAUGGAAGUGGUGAUGACAAUGUUCAUUUACAACAUUCCUUAAAAUUAAUUGAUGAAUUUAAUUUGCAUGAUGUGGAAAAUUUCGAAUUUAUGAUUUUCCCCGACAGCAACCAUUCGAUUAAUUAUCAUAAUGGUAAUCGAAUUGUUUAUGAUAGAAUAUUGGAGUUUUUCCGUAAGGCAUUCGAUUGGAAGUUUAUAUAG